UCAUUACUUGUGUGAUUGAAGGCCAUUUCAACCAAUUACAAACUACUUUACCCUACUGAGUACAUCUGUUGUGUUACUUAUUCCUGUGAUACAGUUUCAGUUCCAGUCAUCCUUAGCUUAAGUCUACAGUACAUUUUAUUCUUCUCGCCAUUUCUAUCACACGGACAAGAAACACUUAGAACAAAAUGAUGUCCAGAGCCUUUUGUGUCACAUUAUUUAUCUUGCUGCAGCUGUGUUACUAUGGGCAUAGCUGCCCUGCAAAAUGCCAGUGUUUCACUCCAACCCGGGUCUUCUGUUCGGACGAACAGCUCACCGACAUGCCCCAUAACCUCUCCUUGGACGUGAGGGAGCUGGUCAUCAUGACCACCAGAAUCAUGAAUUUGCGCCACAGUGCCUUUCCGGAAGGUUCCAAGCUCUCCAAGCUGGUCUUCCUCAACAACCUCCUUCAGGGGAUCUCCUCCACAGCUUUCAACAAGCUGGCGGGGCUGGAGGAGCUGGAGAUCAGCGGGAACCACCACCUGGAGGAGCUGCUGGCAGGGACGCUGAACGAGCUGGGCAACCUCACCACGCUGGCCCUCAACUUCAACCGCUUCCGGGUAAUGCGGGGCAGGCCGUUCAACAAGCUGUACAAGCUGGAGACCCUGCAGCUCAAGGGCAACGAUAUCAGCCUGCUCGCCGACGACCUCUUUCAGCAGCUCGGCAGCCUCCGUCUCCUGGACCUGUCGCUCAACAUGAUCUCCGCGGUGACGAUGGAGCUCUUCAGAAACCUGGGCCAGCUGCGGACCCUCAAGCUGGGCUACAACCACAUAAAGGCCCUGCCCGUCGACGCGUUCGACGGCGUCCCCCGUCUAAGGGAGCUGAAUCUCCAGGGCAACAAGAUCGCUGCACUCCCCCAGGCCCUCUUCUCCCGGCUGGCCGACCUGGAGAAGCUCAAUCUCCGCGGCAACCAGCUUAAAAAUCUCACCGGUGACGUCUUCCCGCUGGGGCUGAGCGAGCUGAACCUGGUGGACAACAAGCUUGCCCAGCUCUCCCCCACCACGUUCCAGGGGCUGCCUCAUCUAACCUGCCUGCUCCUUUCCAGAAACCAGCUCUCCGUCUUCCCGGAGGAUCUGUUCCAAAACCUGACCGCCCUGGUGCAUGUGGACCUGUCCCACAAUCUGAUUGCGGGUCUCCCGGAGACAACUUUCAGUGGGCUCUCUGAACUGACGGUGGUGCACCUGGAGAACAACAACAUCAGCAGCCUGGAGAGUGGGCUGUUUGAGGACCAGGACUACCUGGAUCAGCUCUACCUGUCCCACAACGCACUGCAGACUGUCCCCACAGGCUUUUUCGACAACUUCUUGUCCGGUAAUAUGAUACGGUUGCACGGUAACCCCUGGACCUGCGACUGCCACUUGCUGUACCUCCACGAUUGGCUGGACUACGGUGCAGGACCGAGUCAGGAUAUCUCCAACAUGUACUGCGGGGCACCUUCCUUUCUGAGCGGCCGAGGAGUGGCGUCUCUGAAGAGGGAGCAGCUUGUGUGCGCGGCAAACAGUACCCAUGAGACUGAGCUGUCUGUCACUCAACCCGUGGAGACCCCGCCCACCGCCGUCUGCACCAUCCAGGAAACCAACAGGACCAUUUCUGUUAAGUGCAACAUCCAGAAAUGUCCCCGGGUUAAACUUCUUACCUGGUACCAGAAGGAGGGCAACCAAGAGAUUCUCACAGAACAUGAAUUUUAUCAUGGCACAGAGUGUCUUAAUUCCACUAUAACCAUCAAUUUUUAGAUAAAGCCUCUAAACGUGACUGUGGCACACACUGAAAUGGCACCUCCAACAGUGCUCACCAUAAGACUUUCUGAGUAUCCUGUAUCCUGUCUGAGAGAGUGUUCCUAAACCCCACAAACGACAGAACUAUCAUGCGCUGUCAGCUACCAUGUACUGUCAAACAGCUUUGGUCUCCUUAGCGAAUAUAUCCCUUUCAUAAUAAAGAGUCAGCGAUGA